ACGCAAUGCAGUCCAAGAAACAAUCGAUGUCUGUUAUUGCUCUAUUUAAGGCCCACAGUGAGCACUCAAAGUGAUCAAAGAUGAUGCACAUAUUUUCGCUUCUUUUUCUGUGUUCCUUCAUGGUAAGCACUGUCCAUGGCCAAGGUGACAUUGUAUGGACGCCUACAGAAUGUCGCGAGAUGAUGGAAUCAUGCGAGUUGCUUUCUGGUUUACCAGGACCUCCCGGGCCGGUCGGACCAAACGGUGUCGCCGGACCGGCUGGCUUGCGGGGCUCCCUCGGGGAUAAAGGGUUUCAGGGGGAACCUGGUAGCUCCCCGGUGGGAGGCGGAGGUUUUCCAGUGAAAGGACAGAAAGGAGAACGUGGAGAGAUUGGAAGAAAAGGUGCAAAAGGGAUGAAAGGAAACGCCGGGAGCCCCGGAGGUUUGGGAAAUGUGGGAUCAUUGGGAGCUCAGGGGACACAGGGAGAGAAGGGGACAAUAGGAGUAAGCGGACCACCAGGGAAUAAGGGAGAACCUGGAGUGAGCGAACUGAACUGGAAGCAAUGCAUGUUCAAACCUGAUAUCAAUACACCCAGUGGAGAGUUGGCUGCCUGCACAUUUGUUAAAAAGAACGACAAAACGUCACUACACGUCACAUACCAGGGUGAAACGCAUAUCGGUUUAUGCAGGACCUGCUGUAAAACUUGGCACUUCACGUUUGACAACCUGACGUGUACCGACCCUGCGAGUAUCGAUGCAGUGUUCAGUGGCCUUAACUUGGUUGACGCUGAAGAGAAGAACACUCUCCCAAAGUUUAUGCACGGCAGUAUCUCUGGCUAUUGCAGCUCUGUCCCUGGGGGAUUAGUUCGCGUGGGGAUCUCGCUAGAUGAUUGUCCCGGGUAUCCCAGUAUCCGAGAGAUUGUUCCCGUAGAAAUUCAGCCCAACAGUCGGUUGAUCAUUCAAGAAGUCCGUGCUCCGCAAGUUUAGUUCUUUAAUUAUUAUUGACUGUUAUCGAAAAUUGCUCUGAGUGAUUGACAAGCCUGUAAAACUCGUUUAAAUGUAAUUCAAACUGAUGUUUUUGAAAUGCAGUGACAUUCAGACUUGAGUUCUCAAGCAAGCUGGUGCCCGCUAGUUGUUUUAUGAAUAUAAGAUGGCCGUGUACACGGACAGGAAACUUUUCAGUACGAUGUACCGUUACAUUUAGGUACCGACAGUCCAUUGCACUUUUAAGAAAGCAUUUCAGUUUGAAAUAUCCACGAACUUUCAAAUUACCUGACAUCAAUAUCCACUAACCUUUGUGUGGACUGUGGCAAUUAUUAAGGACGAGAUUUUCGCCUCUUAGGAAACAGAUCUGGGUGAUUUCUGAGGACUUUUUUGCCAACCAAAUUGGUUCGAAUUUGUAAAGCUAUAGUUGACUUGUUAGUUUAAAGUUCCCAUGAAAUUAAUCGCUUGUAGAUUGUACCUACCCACUUACGUAAAUUUGAUUGUAUACAUAUUAAAUCAGGGCUAAAUUCUGUAUACUUGUAGUGCUUGUACUUCACUUGUAUUUCGUAUACAAUAAACACGAAAAUUUACUCAGA